UUGAUUCAGCAUAGUCUGGAGAGCCGUGGCGAGUAUGCGAGAAGAGCUGGGGGCGCGUGUGCGCAGUUCUCUCAACCAACAUGUCCGCCCGGGUGCUCUAGAUAGUCAUGGUUAUGCAGCGCGAUCCGUUACACAUCUUCGUCAGCCGAAUUCUUGGUUUUUGUACUACAUACAUCCGCGAGACGUGUAUAUUAUAAAAGAGGUUGAUUUAAGGACUCGUCUCUGAGUCGUUGCCUCCUGGUGGAGGGUUACCUAUAGAUAGGGCCGGUUGUGAUUCCAGCAGUGCACGAGGUGCGAGCAGCCGCGGGGAUACUGGAGCCGUGGCACGACGGAUAGCCUGAGCACUCGAGAGAGUGGAGAAUCGCGGGAGAACCAGGGAGAGACAGAGACAGGUAGAGCUUUAUUGGCGGUGAAAUACGAAGCGGGAAAGAGAAGGAGAAGCUUGAGGCAGGCGCGCGUAUUGAUUCCCGCGUGACGUUUAUACGGUGAGGUGAGAAAGCUGCAACCUGAAGAGUCGUGCCAUUUCCUUCCGCCACUAAAAAACUGAACGAGGAAGACACGGACUCAAGCAACAACUUGGGAUUCCUCGUUUUUGAGCCGUUUGUCUUUGGUCCACUGGAAGGAGAUCGGUGAUCAGUGGACCAGAAUGAGAGAGGUCAUUCAAGUCUGCUCGAGCAGGGACCCGUUGGCCCUUCGCGCGAGAAAUGAUUUUUAGAAGGAAGAGGGCAUGACGCACCGAACUCAUGCAGUGGCGAAAACACGUGCGCAUCAAGUACGGUGGUCGAGUCGGUGUCGGUCAAGGACAACGGGAGCGGGAGCAGGUGCAGCUGCAGGUGCGCGUGGUGCAGCUGCAGCGGGAAGGGGGCGCACGACUCAGCUACGUCUGUCACCAGCCUCAACUCUCGUCGACGGCUCGCCGCAGCUGCAGCACAGCAGCCAUGCUCUGCUGCGGCCGCAGGAAAGAGGGCCGGGGAGAAGUGACAGACAUAAGCGCAAGUCCUGGAAGGCAAGCACCUGCCAACCAGUUGCGCCCCAAGGAACCACCCCCCAUGGUCAUUCAGGGAGACUUCAGGAAGGUGAGUGGUAUCAGCACAGAGAUAUUCAAGCAGAUCGAAACCGUCGAAAACGAUCAUGACGCCUCGACAGCAGCCGCCCUCGAAGCUGUCGAACGAAGGGGUGAGAUGGUUGUCCGGGUCAUCGAGCCACGACAGAUGGGCAGGCAGGCAUCCGAAGCGGCAAAGAAAUUCAUUGCUAUGCAGGAUCCAAAACAACCUAUCCAUUUUGUUGAAAUAAUUAAAAGACCAGGACAAACAUUGGGAUUAUACAUACGAGAAGGUAAUGGUGUCGACAGAAAUGACGGUGUUUUUAUCUCGAGAAUAGCCCUGGAGACCGCAGUCUAUAACAGCGGCUGCCUAAAGGUUGGAGAUGAGAUUCUAGCAGUGAAUCUGGUCGAUGUGACGCACAUGAGCCUGGACGAUGUUGUAAUCAUUAUGUCAAUACCCAGAAGACUCGUUCUGGCGACAAGACACGGCCAACACCAGCCAGUUUCGCACAGUCGUCAGACUGAACAUAAGGCACCUCCAGUUGUAGUGAUUAAGAGAGAGCUAAAUGAAGAUGAAAGUGAUCAUGCAACAAGCAAUCAUGUCAGGGAUGGCAGUCGUAGACGUGGCGAUGGUCGUGAGAUGCUACCUUCUCGAUCAAGGUUAGGUCUGACAGGUCUAGGUUCCAGUCAAGAUCUCGGAUCCAGUAAUGGCGAUUUGUAUUACAAUUCUAGACCGGAAGGGCAUUGGUCUUAUCAACCACCACCACCUCCUGUAAUUACACAUCAACCUAAACCCUCUACAACACAACACUUCCAGCCUUAUGAGCGUGGAUAUCCAAAAACAUUGGAGAGUUUGGCUGAAAAAGUACAUUCCUUCUACACGGGGCCAGUUAUGCCCUCUAAUGGUCGUCGGAUGUCCACGGGUGCAGGAAUGCAAUCAGUUGGUAGCAGAUUAUCUAGUCAAACUCAAUCAACGCAUUAUGGUUAUGGUCAGCAUACUGGAACUGGAAGAAUCAUGCCUAGAAGCGGUUCAGAUCAACAUUUACCUCGGGUUGAUUACACGAGCAUCACAACUCCAGCUAGACAUACUCUUCUUAGAUCCAGUUUGAAGUCAGGAACUUCUGCGUUGAGAUACAAUACCAGAUAUGGUACUCAGGGAGAUAGCGCGUCAACUACACAAAGACAAGGACAAUUUGGUACUCUGACUAGAAGGCAUCGACCAUCAUUGGAUUAUGCUUCCGAUACCGAAGCAACCUGUUCAAGUUCGCCUAAAUCGGCUUAUUAUUACUACAGGCACAAUAUGAAUAAUCCGCCACAAAGUAGUGCUGUCUCGCAUCUUGCCACCCUCUCAAGGUCACAGAUUGGUCAGAGUUCCUCAGGCUUGAGAUCGAAUUCGUUGCCUCGUAGUGGCAGAACAUUGCCUCAGCAACCAGGUCUCAGGUCUGGACUUAGCACAGUAGCAUCUGGACUAAUAGAUCAGGAAGAUAGUGAUGGUGCACUGUCAGCGCCUGAACUACCUUCCAUCAGACGCGAUAGAGGAAGAAUACCAUCAUCACCUAGUGUGUUCACAUCAGAUGAGUACCGGGCAUGGUUGAGUCGAACGCCGAGUACCAGUGCAUUGUACGAGCAGAUCAGAGCCACUACAACCAGACCACCACGUUAUACCUAUAGUGCAGAAAAUAUUCAUGCAGCUGCAAAUCAAGGUGAAUAUGGAAGCUAUGGAGCAUAUAGACCACUUUCCAGCACAUUAGAUCGUUUGUCAACAAGAUCAGCCUCUGCACAACAAGUGAAUCUUGCCAAUUUAAGAGCAUCGACGGCAAUAAGUUCAACAUGUCCUCGUGGAACAGCGAAUCAAAGACCGGCCUCGGUUGCAUCCAGUGCUCGUACUUCUUUGACGAGUCAGAAACCAUCAUUGAGUAGCUCCACUACUCAGAGGGCAACAUCAGUCAGGAGAAUCAGAAACCUGCUAGAUCUAGAGUCCACGCGAAGCAUACCUACCCCCACGCCUACCAGAACUCAGGAUCAAAGACUGCUAGAUAUUAAUCCUGCAGAGUUCCUUAAAUAUAAGAUAGAAAAACCUCCAACUGUUGGAACUCCGAGCUCUACCAGCUCUCUUUUGAGCUCACUCGGAGAAACUAGCAGCGGCGAUUUGGCGGGAGGCGUUAGUGGGCUUCUCUGGGUUCAUCUUCUGGCUGGACGUGGUCUUCGUUCGACAACAUCUUCCUCAGCAGCCACUACACCUUCCACACCAUCAGGUCAGCCUAAUUUAGCUAGUUGCGGUUUGAGAGACCUUUACUGUGUACUGGAGUGCGAUAGAGUACACAAGGCGAGGACAGUGAUGCGAACCGGUGAUUUGAUGUUCGACUGGGACGAAACCUUCGAGCUGGAUCUCGUUGGCAACCGUCAAUUAGAUUUGCUGGUCUAUUCAUGGGACCCACAGUAUAGGCACAAGUUGUGUUACAAAGGAUCUGUACAUCUGGCAACUCUUUUGAAGGAGUCACCAGUUCAUCAGUUAGCUGUCAAAGUCGAACCACGUGGUACAAUUUAUCUAAGACUGCGAUACACUGAUGCUCAGCAGACAUUUCGAAGAAGAGGACUUCCGGUUAUAUCUCUUGCCACCAGGGUAGCACCCCUCUUUGGAGUUGAUCUUGACACGGUGGUAAGUCGAGAAAGCAAGACUGGUGGAGUUCCUGGAGGUGUUUCUACCGCUUUAGCAAUGGGCGUUCCAAAUGUGCCCAUAAUUGUAUGGCGUUGUGUCGAAGAAGUUGAAAGAAGAGGUCUUGAUAUUAUUGGUUUAUAUAGGCUUUGUGGAUCAGCUACGAAGAAGAGGAUACUUAGAGAAGCUUUUGAAAGGAAUGCUCGUUCAGUAAAUUUAUCGCCUGAUAAUGUGCCAGAUAUCAAUGUGAUUACUGGUGUACUAAAAGAUUACUUGCGAGAACUUCCAGAACCACUCUUCACGAAGUGCCUCUACCAAAUGAUGGUCGAUGCACUGGCCGUCUGUCUACCAGAUGAUCCACAGGGCAAUGCAAAACUCAUGUUUAGUAUACUUGAUUGUUUACCAAAAGUGAACAGGUGUACAUUAAUAUAUUUGCUCGAUCAUUUGGCAAUGGUGGUAUCCCAAUGCAAUAAAAUGUCUCCAGCAAGUUUGGCAGUUUGUUUUGGACCAGUGUUAAUGCUACAUUCAGAAGAAAACGGACCACCUCUGGAUUUCCAACAACCAAUAGCAGUUCUCAAAUACCUUCUUGAGAUUUGGCCUGUUAAGUCAGUUCGGAAGAUUUCUUCAGUCGCUUCAGCGCUUCCUCGAGUUACGCCAGUAGUCGAGCACAACAACAGUCAGCAGCAACUGCAGCAGCAGCAGCAGCAGCAGGUACAGCAACAGGUACAGCAGCAGUUACAGGGAACAUUGGGGCGCACAGGGCUGCCUUGGCAGCCUCAACACUCACUUCAUCAACAGCCCCCAACUACGGUACCACCCGCAGCUCUCGCGUCCUCCACUCGUCCACCACCACCGGUCAAGCCUCGACAGGUGAUAGUCUCGUCUCCCGGUUCACCUAGCAGCGAGGAGUCAGAAGUCUCGCCGGAACCGAUUAAUAAGAACCUCCUCGGCGGUCUGGGACUCGAAAAGAGCAACGAAGGGACCACAGUGAACUCCACUGGUCCAGGAACAGAACAAAUUACACCGACCAGUAGUGUUGACACUGAGGAGGGAAAUAUACCACAUCUAGAAGAAGGCGAAAAGGGAGUUGAGGGUGAUAUAGAAGCUAGUGACGACGAUCGACAUCAGCACGUAUCCAAGACGCAUUAAAAUUUCAUUAAACAUAUGGAUUAAUUAUAAGUAUAUAGAGGGUAUGCGCCCAUAACUUAAACAUUUCCAUUUCAAUUUGACAAUUUUGCUUUUUUUUUGUUGAAUAAAUAUUAAGAAGAAACAGUGUUGGGCAUCGAGCGAUGAAUAUUUAAAAAAAUUAGGAUUUGAAUUCAAUUGAAAGAUAACAUUAAUCGAUUCAAUUAGUUGAAAAGAUUAAUUGUAAUCUAGUUAAUUGUUAAAAUAGACUGUGAAUAGCAAAGUCUGAUUACAGUUUUUGUAAAUUUAUUUAUUGACAUAAGAAGAAAGUUUGAUUAUAUAUGAAUAUAUUGCAUGAUACUGGUGCUGCAAAGGCUGAUGGUAAUAAAGAAAUAAUGGAUUUUGAAGUCUGUUAAAACAAAUAUCUAUAGAUUGGUUAAAAGUUUUUGUUAUUCACAAAUAUGUUUGUUACAAUCGUUUAAGGAAGAGUGAGGUUAAGUUCUUAAGACAUUGCUUAUUAUUCAAAAUUAAAUAGAAUGGUAAGCAAAUGUGUUAAAGAAGUUUUUCUUUUAUCUUAGCAUACAAUUUUUAUGAUAUGAUUGAUAAACGCUGGAAAAAAAAAUACAUUCUAUUUCUGAUUUCUCGAAGACAUUCAACGCGUUGACUGCUUCGAUUUAGAAACUUAGAAAAAUUUAGAAACUUGUGCUAAUAUCGUGCUAUAAUUAAUAAUUUAUAUGACAAAAUAAUUUUUUAAUUUUUAAUGCAUACUAGCUAUAGAGCAACAAAAAAGUUUUUUUUAGAAUGUUAUUAUUGCAUUGUUGGCUGUGUUAGAAAAAUAAUUUUCUUCGUUAUAUGAUGUUGUGUUUUAAAAUAUUUAUAGACGUUUUCUUAUAACAGUCAACGCGUCAAAUCGCACACAUAUUUCUCUGAAAAUGUUGCAUUUAAAAAAUUUUGUAAUUUAUACGAAACUCGAGGCUGAAUAUUUGUCGCCAGACGCACAAUAAAAGCGAUCAUUGUUUCCCAGAUGAAACGACGCGCAUAAUGGGACCACUGCGAAUAUUCAUUAUAAAAUCAUCGUGAAGAAAUGAGAUCUAACGCUAACAUUGACGAUCUGACGACUAACUAAAAGCCUUCUGCAAGUUUUAUAUGUAUACGAGUUUGUUUUCGUAUUGCUCAUCAGAUACGUAUAAAGAUAGCCCAUCAAAGAAGAAGAAACAUGGUAACCAAAAUUAUGUUGAUAUUUAUAAACGGAUUUCACUCUUUAGCUGCAAAAUAUAUUAUGAUCUCACUAUCAUCAAAGACUGCGUAUUGACAAACAGGUUCCUAGCUUAAAACUCCUUGCACAAAAUUUAAUUCCUAAUUAUUUUAGGUUUCUCUAGAUAUUUUAGAAAUAAAUAAAUUACACGAUUACCUUUUGCAGCUGAAGAAUCAAUGAUUAUAAACUUUUUAUUCAAGCACAAAUGCUAUGAAAGAAGAUUUUUUAAUCAUCUAAACUUUUUUUCUAUAUUUUACCUUGAGAUCAGCCGAAAGCUUCUUUCUCAACUCAAUAUCAGUAAAGCCACCAAAUGAGAAAUUAAUAAAG